AUGGAGGAGGUUGACAUAGCCGGUAGGUCUGGAUUGCUGGGUCCUGUGUGUCUGGAUUAUGAGUUUGGUUCUUUUCCUAGGUAUCUGAUUCCUCCGCAUAUUCGAUGGGACGAGAAGAAAGAGCCCAAGUACACGACACGGCAAGAGUAUGUUUUGAUGAGAAGACAAGUCAGGAAGAGCCAGGGUUUCGACAUCGAUUUCACACAGUUCCGCUCUGUUUUCAAUUACCGGCCUGUUAAUUUAGACAGUAAAGAGUUUGCUAAGGCGCCAGAGACCACUAGGGAGUUACUCAAGAGGCUGUCUCAAAAAUCCCUUAACAAGUACAACAACGAAUGGUUUACAGAAUAUGAAUUUCUCAAUAUUGUCAAAGCCAAUUAUUACAUGUGUUCUGGGUUAAUGCUUUUCAUCACCUUUGAGGUUAGAGAUCCUUACGACAACCUGCCGAAGCUCUUCCAAACUAGCGUCUACUACUAUUAUGCGGAUGAGGAUCAGUACAUAUUAACCAGACCUAAACCCAAACAAAAUGUCAAAUGCGUUGGAACUGCCAAGACACUAAAAAGAUCGGCAUAGGAAUGUAUUAUUCAAUGGCUGU